UAAAAGCCGAUGUUCACUUCAAUUGAAUCAAGCAGCCUCCCGUUCAGCAUCUACUACUGGUGCUAAGAUCGUGUUGAGAUCCACCCUGCUAGUCCCAGAACCAUCGCAGCUGCAGAGAAGGCCACAGUUAUGGCACAGAACCAACAGCCAAUGAUGAUGGUCCAACAGCCUGGCUCUCCACCAAUGAUGAUGGUCCAACAGCCUGGCUCUCAACCAAUGAUGAUGGUCCAACAGCCUGGCUCUCAACCAAUGAUGAUGGUCCAACAGCCUGGCUCUCAACCAAUGAUGAUGCAGCAACCAGCAAUGUCACAUCAGGUGCCACAGCAGCAGUCACAGCAACCACAAGUGGUUUGCGCAGCCAAACUGGGUGGAAAGCCAAGCGUCACCGCGUGCACCAACUGCAGACAGCGCAUGCAGACGAGGGUUGUUUACAAAAGUGGCUGCUUUGCUUGGUCCAUGGCUAUCGGCCUCUGCUUUAUAGGGUUGUUCUUUGGUCCAUGUCUCAUCCCCUUCUUCUGGAGUAAAUGCAAGGAUGCCCACCAUUACUGCACCUCCUGUAACGCCAAGCUGGAUGUCCACAAGCCCUUCUGCUGA